AUGAGCAAAAUGGGCCUGGGCCUGGGCCGGGGCCUGGAGAGUUACUAUACUUCCACGCCUACUUACCAUCCCUCUGGCGCAGAGAGGGUGAACAAGGCGGGGGAUAUACCGACUUCUAAUCCGUUUGGGCUGGGGUCUACUAUCAGUACAAAUAGCAGCAAUAAGAGCGGCUUCGGUGACAAGUAUGGGUCGUUGAUUACUUCUACGUCUGGAGGGGAGGGCGGGAGCUUGGGGUUGGGGUUGGGGUUGGGGUCAGAGAGUCAGACGAUAUCUAGUACCGGUACCAGUACCGGUGCUGGGGGUGGGGAUGAGGGCGGGGGUGAGGAGAAGAAGUAG